AUGUGCCGACCUUGGUUGCUUCGAGAUCGGGAGGAUCUUUGGGCUUGUGUUGAAGUAUGCACGCCGAUGUGCUGGAGGGAGAAGCGGCCGCGGCGCUUGCUUGGCUGCGGUCUCCUGACAGCUUUGCUCGUGCCUUGGCCCCAGCUGCGCGAAAGGCUGGAUCGUCAGACUUGCGCACACACACACACACACACUAGAGUGCGGAGCGAUUAUUGGAGGUCGUGGUCGUGUGUCAGUGCCGAGUGCUCAGACCUCGUUCAGCACAGGCCGCUAGCCGCAAGUUCAAAGCAAUGGGAGGGGUUCUGCAAAGAUGCCAAGGUCAGACAUCUCUCCGCUCACAACUCUGCGCGGCAGACGACGUUCUCUCUGUGGAAGGUGACACCGAAGAAACCAGCGGCAGCGGACGAUGGCGAGGGGGAGGAGGAGGACGACGUGCCCAACAAGAAGGGGCCCUUGGGAUGGUUGCAUUACGAUGUAAUACUGGCGUCACGGACGUCAUAUCCAGUUGCGCUGAUGAUCGGCUUCACAUGCUACGGCAAUGUGGUUUUGCGCAAAGAAAGCGCCGACAAGCCCUACCCAUCCUGGCUGUUUGGCUGGUUGCUUGGGAUGGUUUGCUAUACCUAUCCCGGUGCAGUUUUCUCAGACCUCUUGUUUGUUCCAAACGCUCCAUUGCGAGCGCUUACCAACAACAAUAUUCUGCUUUGGUUCAGCAUCUGGUACCUGCUUAUUCAAAACUCAAUGUGGGUGUAUAAGGCCCUUCAGCAGAAGCAUGUCUUCAUUUGGCUUACGACCUGGUGGCUUGCAGAUGCAACUCGAGCUUCCUUACUCUUUCUGGAACGAGCCGUUGCCCAUCAGCCUGUGUUUGCGCGAGGCGUUUGGCAGGCCUUCGUGUGGUGUGGUGCGGGACCCGUUGCUCGCCUAGUCGAAAAAUCGAUCAGGGGAGAACCCGUACCUGCCUUGGACAAGGUGCAACCCAACAGCUUGAACGUCUUCAAGUUUCCGCUCAUUGCGAUGUUCUGGAACAUGAUUUUCUACAUGGUGUGCUUGGCCUACUUCACUGACUGCAAGUUCUUCGAUGCAGAGCCAAAGUUGGACAUGGUCCAGUGUGCCGCCAAAUACGAGGAUUUCUACGGCUUCUGCACCUACAUGCCCUGCUUCUUGCAUCUCUGCCGCGCAUACUAUGCCAUGUACUCCCAGGGCGGAAUGGUCAUUUUCGGCGAUGGUUUCUGCAUGGGCAGCAGUAGCUUGAUCCAGAAGAUGUCGAGCAGACAGAAUGUCGCCCGGUAA